CCCGGGAUCCAAACCGGCGAACCUGGGGCCUCCGAGAAGCGGAAUGUGCGCACUUAAGCGUUGUGCCAGCGGGCCACCCUUGAGGCUUUGUCUGAGGGGGGACUCUGUGGAGGGAGGAGGCCUGGGCCCUGCUCGGCUUCAAGAUGAGGACCCUGAGGGAGGGGACCUGCCAAUCCAGACAGCGGGCCCCGCAGAAGCCCUCGUGUCAGCCCGACUUGGCGGGCUGAGAGCACAGGAGCCCCUCCUUACGCCCUGCUUUCCGUUUCCGGUUCUCAGGGAGCCGGCGGGGUGGGCCGAGGGAGCGUCAUCAGGUCGGCAGAAGCGAGAGGGUGCCGCCCCGUGGGGAAUCAGUGUGACUACUUUGAGGAUGGACGGUGGCACCUUCUAGAGAGAGAGGCCCCCAAACCCCACUCUGCCCCCACUGUCGACCGCGGGAGGACUCGGGCAGGGGCGGCCGGAUGCGGUGCUCCCUUGCUUCUUCCAGGAAGCGGUUGGGCUUGUCUCAUGGAAGCGAGGCCUUCGUGUGGGGGGCAAUGGGAAUACCCAGCAGGAGGACAGAAGAUGCCUCCUGCUGCAGAACAGAUGGGGUUCAGUCCCUGCUGUCAAGCCCUAGGAGACCCUGGUGGGAGUGGCGGGAUGUGGCCUCUGCUUUUAUCUGGAGGUUUUCAGGGGAGUGAGGUCCUGGGUCUGAAGGGGUGAGGGUGGAUCGGCAGGGGCAGGAGUCCCAGGCCCUACCCAGGGUCAGUUUCAGGACUGAGGGCACCCCCUGCACCAGAACACAUGGGGCCCGAAGGUUCUCUGCCCUUGCUGUCAACACAGGCGUGCCAGGGGCGUGGUUACUGGCCGUGGUCCCCCUCCCGUUCUUCUGGGUCGGGGGUGGGUGUCUGGGAGGUGAAGACUUUGGUCUGAGAGGUAGGGCCGGAGUUCAGCAGAGGGAGGAGUACCACAGCCUGCCAGAUGUCAAGAUGAAGACUCAUUUAGAGGACCUCUCACCCCAUAGAGAGAGGUCUCACAGCAACUUGUCCCUGCUGCCAGCCCUGGGAAGCCACACGGCAAGGUUGCCAAAUGUGAUGUUUCCUGACUUCCACUUUGGGAGUCUGAGGGAGGUGAGGCUUUUUCCGAGGGGUGUGACCUCAGGUUAAAGAGUACAGUCCCAGGCCCUGCCAGCCAUCAAGGAGAGAACAGUGAGGGAGGAUUGAGAGGACCUCACACCCCAGGUAGAUGUGACCUGAAAAUACCCAAAUCCUAGAGAAAGGGGACCCCGGCCCUGCCGCACCUGCCAACCCGAGGAGACAAGGAAGCAAGCAACACAAGCAAGGUUGGCCAGAUGUGACAUUUUCUUACUUUUGUCUGGGGGAGGUGAGGGCCUUGGUCUGUGGAGGUGACAGUCCGAGGGGGAGCCACAUCAGUUCAGAAGAGGGAGGAGUCCCAGGCUCUGCCAGGAGUCAAGGACCCUUGGUGAGGCCUGAAGGCCCUGGGAGGGUCUGGGAAGGGGGCCCGGAGGGAGGAGCUCUCACUUCUGCCCAAAGCUCUACCAGGAGUCAAGAGGGUGGAGAGUCUCAGGGCGGUGAGGUCUUGGUUGGAGGUGGAACUUCAGGUCAGCAGGGGGCAGGAGAGGCCUUGCCAGAAGUACAGAUGAAAACCUUGAGGGAGGGUUCAUGGUAUUCCCUGGGCCAGAACAGACCCCAGGCAGAGGCGGCUGGAUUUGGUGUCUUUUUACUUCUGUCUGGAGUGUCCCGGGGAGGUGAAAACCUUGGUCUGAACUGGUGACAUCAGCAGAGGGAGGAGUCCCAGGAUCUGUGAGGAGUCAAGACAAGGUAAGGCCUUGAAGGAGGACUAAGUGUAUCCCUCAACCAAGACAGAGGGGCCUCACAGAAACUCCACCCUGUCCCCACUGUCUACCCUGGAAGGAUCUCGGCAGAAAUGCCUGGGUGUGGUCUGCUCUCACUUCCUGCAUGGGGUGGGUGGAGGUGUCUCUGAGAGGUGAGGCCUUCAUCUGAGAGGGUGAUUUCAGGUCACCAGAGGAGGUGAAGCCAGGCCCUGCCAGGAGUCAAGAAUACUUUAAUGGCGGACAGAGGGAACCCCCUCAUCCCAGAACGGAUGGGGUUCAGCCCCUUUGUCCGCCCUAGGAGACCCCAGGCAGGGGUGGCUAGAUGUGACGUCUCUUCACUUUUGUCUCGAGUGUCUCAGGGAGGCAAAGGCCUUGGUCUGAGUGUGAAGACAGGUCAGCUGAGGGAGCCACAUCAGGUCAGAAGAGGGAGUAGUCCCAAGCUCUACCAGGAGUCAAGGCCUGUGGGAUCUCAUCGCCCAGCAUCCUGCUCACACUUCUACCUGCUGCCUCCAACAAGAGUCAUCAUGUCUGACGCUCCAAAGCAUCCAUGCCUCACAUUUGAGCCAGACUUUUGGGCCCAAAAUGAGAUACAGAACCUGUCAGUAGCACAUGUUUCCACAGCUGAGGAGGAGGAUGAUAUCUCCUCCAUUUCCUCUUGCUCUUUCACCUUCUCCUACCCCUCCACCUCCUCCUCCCCCCCUUCCUAUCCUGUGAUCCCAAGCAGCACAGAGGAGGAGGAGGAGGAAGAGGAACAGGAGGAAGAAAAGGGAAAGGAAGAGGAGGGGGAGAAAGAGGAAAAGUGGGAGGAGCCUGCCACUGUGGCAUUGAGUCCUCAUCAGAGUCCUCCAAGCUCCUGCUCCUUCUCCUCCACUUCAUGGAGCACAUCAGACGGAGGCUUCAGCAGCCAAGGAGAGGAAGACACGAGCUCCUCGAAGACCUCAGCAGAUACUGAAUCCUUGCCCAGGGACUGGCUAGAUGAGAAGGUGACUGAUUUAGUGCAUUUCAUGAUCCUCAAGUAUCGAUUGAAGGAGCCCAUCACAAAGGCAGAAAUGCUGAAGAUUGUCAUCAAGAGGUACAAGAAACGAUUCUCUCUGAUCUUCAAGAAAGCUUCUAAGUGCUUGGAGGUGAUCUCUGGCAUUGAUGUGAAAGAAGUGGACCCCACCAUCCACUCCUAUGUCCUUGUCAACUCACUGGACCUCACCCAUGAUGAGAUACUUAGUGACAACCAGAGCCUGCCUAAAAACGGCCUGCUGUUAAUCAUCCUGUGUGUGAUCUUCAUAGAGGGCGACUGUGCCCGUGAGGAGGACAUUUGGGAGUUCCUGAAUAUGAUGGGAGUGUAUGCUGGGAAGGAGCACUUCAUUUAUGGGGAGCCCAGGAAGCUCAUUACCAGAGAUUGGGUGCAGGAGAAUUACCUGGAGUACCGGCAGGUGCCUAAUAGUGAUCCUACACGCUACGAAUUCCUGUGGGGUCCAAGGGCCCAUGCCGAAACCAGCAAGAGGAAAGUUCUGGAAUUUUUGGCCAAGAUAAAAGGGACUGACCCCAUUUCCUUCUCAUUCUGGUAUCAAGACGCAUUAAGAGAUGAGGAAGAGAGAGCCCGGCCCAGAGUUGGCCCCGGGGAUACUACUACUGCCAUGUUCAUUGCACAGCAACGAUCAGCAGCCUCUCCUGCCCCAACUGAAGAAUGAAACCACAUCUUCACUCUCUUUGAAAAGGGCAGUGAAAGUUCUGAGUAGAAGAGCGUCAGGGUCACCCUGGGAAAACACAGCUUUGUGUUCCUGUUCUCUAUGGGUGACUUGAAGGUUUAUCUUUUUUUUUCCUCUUGAUAUUUUAAAAAAUAUUUUUUAUUGUUAUCUUUUUAAAGAUUGGCACCUGAGCUAACAGCUGUUGCCAAUCUUCUCUUUUUUUCUUCUUUUUCUCCCCAAAGCCCCCCAGUACAUAGUUGUAUAUUUUAAUUGUGCAUCUUUCUAGUUAUUUUUUAAAUGCUGUUACUUUUAGCAGAUUUAUUAGCUUUAAAAUGUUAAGUUUAUGAAUGACACUGGACACAUUUAUUGCUUUUUAUCAGGUUUAAGAAUGAGAGUUUUGAUAAUUUGUAAAACAAAUUGGAGAACCUUCCAUCUUCUUUUGUGAUCUGGAACAAGAUAACCUGACGUUGGAAUAAGAAUUGCCUUGGAAAUGUAAAAGAACUCAGCAGGAAAUAGAGAAAAAAAUGUAAAAGUUGGUUAAUUUUUGGAUUCCCUCAACCACUUUAGUCUGUUGUUCUGUAAAAUUGAAAGAUACACAGCUGGAUUUGCUUGACUUAUUCAAGAAAGUAGGAAUAAUCUUAAUUAAUCUUAAUAAAUGAACGA